UUUCAUUCUUGAUUCGCUCUGCAUCUGCACAACUGCAGAGUGUGUGCAGUGUUGUUCAGUGUGUUUGUUUGUAACGGCAUGCAGUAAUUCAUGUACUGUCAAAGUGCAUUUAUUGCAGAUCCAAGAACCGCACGUUAAUUGGAUUAAACUAAUGGACCCUAGUAGUGUUUUACUCAAUAACAUUAUGCGAGUGACGUCUCGUAAGUUGUGCGUGAAUAGUCUACGAAGUGUCAACAAGAAGGAGUAGGCAAGGGCGUUGCUGGCGCUAUACACUUCCUCUCCGAGACCUGGCAAGGAAAAAAUAGUGUUUUAUUGUUGCAUAGUACUUGGAAGAAAUGGCCCGACCGAAGCAUCGUGCGAGCGUCGACGUCUGCGCCGACUGCAGCUGUCCUGAGCCAGCAUGGGCUUCUGUAAACAGAGCUAUUUUGCUGUGCGACGAGUGCUGCAGCAUACACAGGAGUCUAGGCAGGCAUGUGUCCUAUAUCAAGUCGUUGACAAAGGGAGUUUGGAGUUCAAAUACGUUAAAUAUGGUACGAACAUUAAAUGAUAACGGAGCCAACAGUAUUUGGGAGCAUUCCCUCUUAGAUCCCAGUAAUUCUAAAUUUAGCAGAAGGAAACCUCAGCCAAAAGACCCUUUACAUCCUGUUAAAGCAGACUUUAUCAAAGCGAAGCAUCAAGAGUUAAAAUUUAUAUUGAGAUCAUGCAAGGAAGAAUUUUGCAGCGAAGAAGAACUUAGCAGGCAAUUGCAUAGUAGCGUUCGAACAGGAAAUUUUGAAACUUCCUUAAGGCUUCUCGCUCAAGGAGCUAAUCCUAAUUAUUUUUACAAGGAAAAGGGAACAAUGCCCUUACAUGUGGCAGCCAGAGCUAAUCAAGCUCUUCAAGUUGAACUCCUCAUUGCCAAUGGCGGAAAUCCUAGUAUGCUAGACUCAAAUGGACAAACUCCAGCUGAAGCAGCAAAACUGGCGGGGCAUUUAGAUUUAUACGACCGGCUUGUUGAAUGCAUGUACGAAGUUACAGAUAGGCUUACAUAUUUUUUGUGCAAUAAAAAACCAGAUCAUAAAAAUGGCGAACACUUAAUUAUCCCGGAGUGGUCGGCUACUUUGGAAAGAAAUUUUGAAGCCAGGAAUAAAUUGCAAAUGUUACCAAAUCAUUUAUUGGAAGAACUCGCGUCAGACGUUUACGACGAAGUCGAUCGCAGAGAAACUGAUGCGAUUUGGCUGUCGUCGGCAUCGCUGCCAGAACGGUGUAUAGUGCCAUUUUUGCCGAUCCACCCGCAGCUCUCUUCGACCCGUAACCAAGGCCGGCAAAAACUGGCCAGAUUCACACCAAAGGAAUUCGCGACGCUCAUCAUAGAUAUAUUAACGGAGGCCGGGCACAGGCAUGCGAUGGCCAACAGUGCCCCUCUACCAGAUCCAGCUGUGUCCGCGCUUCGCAAGGAACAAUUACGUAAACACGGGUCGCAAAUGUCGGACGACGAGCCGCUCUACGACAGCGUAGCUUCGGACGACGAUUACGCGGCUCUCGCCACGGAUGGAAUUUCAGACGAGAAGGCACUUGCUCCAAUGGCCAAGGGACUGCCGUCGGUCGUUGAAGUAUUGAAAAAACAGUUGAUGCUAUCGGAAUCUACGACAAGAGAUCUCAGAGAUGAAAUAAAGCGCCUUCACAUCACACUUGAGCAGUUAACGCAAGAGAAUCGUGAAUUAAAGGGUGCAAUUCAGGCUCAAAGCAAGUUGCAAGCUCCCCAAGAAAGAAUAAAUGGACACAUCGGAGAACACGAUCCUGAAUUAGAACCUGUUCUCGAUAUCAAACCCCCUUCCACGCCAACGAGAGGUGGACAACGACCAGCAUCGAUGUAUGAAACUCGAGAAGGUCUUAGAAAACCACCGAGUUUCAUGAAUCAAGCCAAAAGAGAAGUUGAGGGAUUACCACGACCUUGUACGACGCAAGGACUGUGGGAAUGUGGUGCAGCUAAUCUACCACCCAGUGAAGAAGUGAAUAAACGCACGGAACAGGUGACGAGACGAAUCCAGGAGCUUUGGAUGGCAAUGCAAAAUCCGACGCAUCGCGAAGCUUUCGUACCGUGCGCCGAGCGCAUCCGCGUUGCCGUCGCCGAACUCGCGACCAUCUUUCCUCAGAACCCAGUGGAUGACAAUAUCAGAUGUGCUCUUCGUCAGUUGCAUGGAAAUACGGGCAGAUUGCAAGCGGAAUGCACUGCGUUACAAAGAUGUACCAGUGAUGUGGAACACAUGGACCGGUGUCUUCAACAAGUUCGUUCCAGUGCCUAUGACAUUGCCAAAGCUACUAAACUUCUUGUCACACAAUUUCACGUAUCGUAACGGUGAUUCAUCACUUUUUUUUUAUUAAUAUAUUUUACUAUUGAUAACUGUUGCGUUACACUUUAUGUCUAAGCCGUUAGAUUGUUUUUCCAUGGAACAAUUUUUACUAAAUUGUUAUGAUGUUUCUCACAUGGGUGUGAUUCGAUAUAAUUGAAUACUGCUUCAAAAAAUUAUGUAAAAUUUAAAGUAUUUUAAAGAAUGCAUUACAAUGAAAUUUCAUGUAAUUUUCCAUUACUCGAGUGUAUAGCAGUUACUAAAGUAUAAGAUUUUCUCUAUUGGAAUAACUAUAUUUUGUAAAUACACGUGUACAUUAUUCGAUAGAAAUCAAUGUUUGGGGAUCAUGUGCGAUUUCUUGAUCCUGAUUUGUUAUUACCGAUUAUCAUACAAUCAAGACUGAAUUAUUAGCCUUUCAACGUCAAUCACCUUUUUACUUUAAACAUUUUUUGACGACGUUCGAUGCCGAUGUUUUAAAGGCUUUCGUUUGUGAUUGUAAUCAAAGAAAUAAUUUUUUUUUUUUUCAUUGCAUAAUUGGCAUUUAUUUUUAAUUAAGAGUGCAAUAACGAACAGUAUGUGAAAUAUUAUGAUGUUUUUUUUAAUGUUUUUAAUUUUUAAAACAAAUACUGGCAUCGAAACAAACUAACAUUGCAUUUGAUGUGCACGACUAUGGUGCUUAAUGAUGGAUAGACUAGCUUUUACAUAAAGAUAUUACUACUCGUUGGUUGUUGAAAGUCUAACUUUUAUCAUCCAUAAAUUGUCGUAAAAUACAAAUACCAUAUGAAACAGCUCUUACAAUUAACGAUAUUGAUAUUAUUACACGUAAUUUCUGAUGAACCAUUGUAUGAAACAUUAAUCAUGUGCCUAUCGCGUUAAUUUUUUAUUUAUAGUUUUAACUUUAAAGUCAUUUGAUUGAACGAAAAAAAAAACAACUCUGAUUUGGUUGUAUAUACUUUGAAACCGAAUCGCAAAAGUUCGUUUACCAGUCAUUUUGCGUAUUUACACAUUUUAAUUAACAUUACUUUUACAUGCAUAUUUUUUAUGCACGAAAUAUAAUCAGAUACAACUGUACGCACCAGUUUUUUCUGGAACGUUCUUCGUUUUUUUUUUUUUUUUGUUUUUUUGUUUUUUUGUUUUUUUUUUUUCGUUUACGUGUAUGUACAACGCUGUAACCAUUUUCGAUGACAAUAAAACAAUUGAAUGUUAUCU